AUGUCUGACGACGAGAGCCUUAACGUUAACUUCGAGACCGCCCACGCCGGUGCCUCGCUCACUUACCCCCAGCAGUGCUCGGCCCUGCGCAAGAACGGCCAUGUGGUGAUCAAGGGCCGCCCCUGCAAGAUCAUUGACAUGUCCACCUCGAAGACCGGUAAGCACGGUCACGCCAAGGUGCACCUUGUCGCUACCGACAUCUUCACCGAGCGCAAGUACGAGGACAUCUCGCCGUCCACCCACAACAUGGACGUGCCCAACGUCACUCGCCGCGAGUACCAGCUGAUCAACAUCGACGAUGGUUACCUCAACCUGAUGUCGAACGACGGUACCUCGAAGGACGACGUCAAGGUCCCCGAGGGCGACCUUGGUGAGCAGAUCUCUGCUCAGUUCGACGACGGCAAGGACCUCAUGGUCACCAUUGUCGCCGCCAUGAACGAGGAGCACUGCCUUGCCUUCAAGGAGGCUCCCCAGGGCAAGUAA